AUGCCUAGAGAUGUGAUAUCGGCUUCUCAAUCCAACUUCAACAUGGUAUUUGAGAACAGAGAAGCCUCAGUUUUGAAGGGUGAAGGGUUUAAACCGAGAGAUUAUCAGGUAAAGUACUUUGUUUUUGUUGUUUAACUUUUAGGUAGUGGUAUUGAUACAAAUUAAUUGCUUUUUCUAACAGUUACGAUUGUCUUUGUUUGAUUUUUUGAUUAUUCGCCUGUUUAAGUCAAGGAUACUUGAAACUUAUUUUUAUGAUUUUAGUUAGAACUGCUGGAAUAUGCGCUUGGUAGUAAUUGUAUUGUAUCAUUGGGUACUGGAUUUGGAAAGACGUACAUUGCAGUUUUGUUGAUCAAGGAAUAUGCAGCUGAACUUCAACGAUCUCGAGAUGGGAGGAAGAAGAGGGCGUUCUUCGUUGUUAACAAUGGUAAGAUAUUUUGUUGAUUUUUAGGACUUUAUUUUAAAACUUUAGAAAGUUAUUGUAAAAAUACAGUUAAAAGGUACUCAAAGUUGUUAAGUAUAUCUUUUAAAUGUCAAUUUUAGUUGUACUGGGUCAACAACAAGAAGAACAUCUUCGGAAUCACUUGAAUUUGAAUAUUAUAUUAAUACAUGGCAAUACAUCUGUAAUGCAGCAAUAUAGAAGUGAUAUGAACGGGUUUGAAAAGGACUGGGAAGCUAACGAGGUACUUUAUUUUAUUAUAGCUUCUAACUUGAUUUUUUUGAUAAACCUGAAGUUGUGGAAUUGUGUAAAAUGUUGCUUUUUGUCUAAAACACUGUAAAAAACGUUGUAUUUUUUAGCGAAAUAUUCGUAUAAAUAAUUUGACGUUUUUUUGUAUUUUAGGUAUUUGUGAUAACAGCUGAACUUUUGAACGAACUACUCAACUCUGCCUACAUUAAGAUGAAGGACAUUGCAUUGUUGAUCAUAGAUGAAUGUCAUCAUGUAGUUGGUGAACGGCAUCCAUAUAGAGAGAUCAUGAAGACUUACGUUAGAUCAGAAGGCGAGUUUUGGUCAAAGUUUUAUAAAAACGUUGAACAUGUUGUUUUUUUAUAGUAUUAUGAUAGUAAUUAGUAUAAAUAUAUUGUUUAGGGGAAAAACCACGGAUCAUGGGACUGACAGCUAGUGUUAUUGAUGGUGAAAUUCCUUUGACCAAAGUUGAGAACUUUAUUAACACAGUAGAAGGCUUACUUUGCAGUAAACUCAAGACAGCUAGUGAUGUUGGCAAAGUGAGUUCUUAUUUUUUACUAAUCUUUGCUUUUAGGCUUGCACAAAAGUCUUACAUAAAUAUGUGUAGUUUCGAUACAGACUGGGCCGUCUUUGAUAAUUUCUUUGAAGCUGGGAGCUCAACUUACUUUAAUGUCUCUACUUAAAACUUUUAAUUUUAGCUAUCUAAAUAUGGUAGUAGACCACGAGAGCUAAUAUUUUGCUACAAAGAAGCUUCAGUAUCGCCAGAAUCUGUCAAGCUAUGGUUGGAAAGGUCAUUGGAAGCCUCGUUUCAAUGUUGGGACAGUCAAGAUUACACAGACAUUGGGAAUUCGGCCAAGGAAGCCUUCGGUCGUACUUUAGAUGUACUAAAGCAGCUGGGACCCAUUGCUUGUUACAAUAUCUGUCAAAGUUAUUCGAAACAGUUUUCGAAUAUGUUAAAAUUGGAAGGAUGGAACCAGGAGAGGAUAAGGUACAUUAACUAUGUCAAGACUACUUUGACUCAUUGUAUGUGGUUGAUGAGCAAGCUGGUAAGUUGUAUAUCGUUGGUAAAUAUUACUAUUAGUUGUUUUCUGUUGAUGUUUUGUGUCAUAUUCAUAGAAAUUAGGUACCUUUUUUAAACUCAACUUUUCCAGAAGCGGUUUCCAAAGUCAGAAGCCAAUUUGCUUGAUGUAACAACUCCAAAAGUGAUUCGAUUGAUUGAAAUUCUGUAUUCUUUUUAUAAUACUCAGAAGAACAGUGAAGAUGUGAAUCAGAAAGACAAUUAUGCAGUGAUUAUCUUUGUUCAAGAACGGCACACAGCGGUUUUGCUUACGGUUUGUUAGGUUAAACUUUGAGAGGAGGCUUUUUGAUGAGAAUUUUUAAAAAUUUGUGAAAAAUGUUUAAAAAGCAGGUUUAAAGAUGAUUUUCCUAAAUUUUAGACAAUUUUCUUUUUUUAUUAUAAAUUAUUUAAUUUUAUAUUAUUCUCGUUUUAGCAAGCUCUAAAGGCACUAUCAAAAGCCUAUUCCAAGUACAACUUUAUCAAGCCAGACUACGUGAUUGGCAGGCAAGGAAAUGUCCUCAACAACGAUGAAGACGUCAAGAUAGCUAACAAACGGCAAGAAACCAUAAUCAAACGUUUCCGACAAGCCGAACUCAAUAUCUUGGUGUCAACGAGCGUUUUAGAAGAGGGAAUCGAUAUAAAAUCAUGUAACUGUGUCAUCCGCUUCACUCCACCACAAAAGUUCAAGUCCUACAUCCAAUCACGAGGUAGAGCAAGAGCCAAGAAAGCUAUCUAUGCCAUUUUGAGUGAAGAAGAUGUGGCUUCAGAGCUGAAGACAAGGUUGGAUAAGUAUUGUGAAGUUGAGAAGCUUCUGAUGUCGUACUGGCCGUCUUCUGAAAACGAAAUCGAUUCGUAUCUGUUAGAAACAAAUUCGAAUGAAGAAUAUGUGGUAGAGAGUACUGGAGCAAGGGUGACAUUGUCAUCAGCCGUGGGAUUGAUCAACCGAUAUUGUUCAAAGCUGCCGUCAGAUAUCUUUACAAGAUUGGUACCUCAGGUCAAUGUUAAAUGUAUUCCACGUGGGUCAUACAAUUUCUUUGAGGCUGAGUUGCUGUUACCUAUCAAUGCACCAGUUAAACACGCCAUUAAGUUGACUAAACCGGUUCAGUCAUCCAAUUUGGCUAAAAUGGCAGUGGCUUUGGAGGUGAGAACGACUUAAAAUUAUUGCUUUUCAAGCUCUUUUGGGGCUUUUUGACUUUUUAAUUCAAACUUUAAAACACAGAAAAAUCAACAAAAAUUUGAUGACAAGAGAACUUUUGAGCGAGAAAAAGUAAAAUGUAUAUAUUAUCAUAAUUUUAAGUUGUUUUAGGCUUGCAAAGUCCUGCACAAUGAAGGCGAACUCACAGACCAUCUGUAUCCAGCUGGAAAGGAUAUUAUCAUUGAAAAGACAAACUCAGCAGAUGAAUUCCUAAGCGAAGUUCUGGCAGACAAUCAGAAUCUUGCGAUUAGUAAUCACAAUAUCAAGAACCGAAGAUUGCACGACAGGAAGGUGUCAAGACAAAUCAAUGGAGUUUUGGCGACAACAGAGAAUGAGGCCUAUAUCUACAUGAUUGAUAUUGACUUGGUGAAUCCAAUCAGAGACGAGGAUAACAUCAAAAGGAGGAAGAUUAUCAACCCCCACGAUGACGACUUUGCUUUUGGGUUUUUGUGCACUAGCGAACUGCCACCGGUAGGUAUUAGGGAUGGUACUAUCAAGAAUGAGGUGUUUUGAGGUGCUGAUGGAUAAAAUACUUUGACUUAGUAUUAGUUAGGAUAAAAAAUUUUAGUUUUUACUAGCUAAAAUAAUGUAAAAUACGAUACCGUCUCUCGUUUUCGUCAAUUAAAGUAUAUCUAAACAACAGAAAUUUAAAUUUUUUACUAUUUUUGAAUAAAAUUCACUUUUAUUUCUCUUCACUUACAGGUAACUCCGUUCCCAGUAGCCAUGCGACAAGGAAUGACCAAAGUAUCAUUCGUCAGGACAACCAACAAGAAGAGUUUCAAUGCAGAAACCCUGAGGAAGAUCUACGAAUUUCAUCAACAUAUCUUUGACGACAUUUUACGGGUGGUCAAGAAUGCGGUCGAUUUUAGCCCAGAGUGCUCAGCCUUUCCGCUUUUGGUCGCUCCGAUCAUCAAACGUAAGGUUUUUGACAUUAGAACUGUCUGGUGAUAGUAAUUGAUAGUAUUAACGAAAAAACUAGAUUUUUUGCUUGGGUUUAGAUUUAAAUUGAUUGUUAUGUAGGUACAGAAAAUAUAUUAUUUCGUUUAAAAGAAAUUGAUUUAAAAACAAAAUUUAGGUAGUUUAAAGCUAGACCAAUAUAAACAAUGUUUUCAGAACGAGAUCGCCUUGGUUAUGUUGUUGAUUGUGUGAUAAACGAGAAUCUUUUGUCACAGGAAUUCACUAAAGCCAUGGUAAUGCCAACAUUGGAAGAACGACGAAGUAUGACUUUUGAAGACGAAAAGUACGAGGAUGCUGUAGUGACACCGUGGUAUAGAGCAAACGAACAUCCAUCUUACUAUUAUGUGGCUAGGGUAAGAAAAAGGUUUUAAGUCAAGUUUUAUGGCAUUUUUGGAUAUUUUACAUUUAUAAAAGUUAAAAUUUUGUUCAAAAAGUGAUGUUUUAGAUUAAAAAUGGUAUAUUAACGUAUAUAUAGCAUGACUAUGAUCACAUAUUUUAGCUAGCCAGAGGAAACAACCCAAGUUCAAAAUUCCCGGAUGAAAAGUACCCCAACUUCAACGAGUACUACAAACUAAAGUAUAAUAUCGACAUUAUUCAUCAAGAUCAGCCCUUACUCGAAGUGGAUCGUGCCUCCGAACGAAUGAACCUCAUCUUUCCCCGACAUGUCAGCUCACGAGCCCGAAAGCAAGCCUACGACCCGACACAACAACAGGUUUUAGUGCCUGAACUCGUGUGUCUUCAUCCUCUGAGGGCCAACUACUGGACAAUGAUCAUUGCAUUGCCAACUAUAUUUUACCGGUUAAAUCAAUUCUUGUUAAUCGAUGAGUUAAGGGAGAGGAUUCUGGAGCAGGCUUUGAAGAAGCCGAAGUUAAGAUACGAAGAAUACAAUUGGAACAAGUACCCAUUGGAGUACGACUGCCAUUCUAUAAACAAUGUCAGUCAGUUGAAGAAGAAACAAGACGUCGAAGCGAAAUUGGACGAUUCUCUGGAGAAGAUGGACACAACCAGCGAUCACACCUUCUCCAUCGGAGUAUGGGACCCGAACGAUGCUAUGGAGUACCAAUCGGUCGAUCCCAACUUCCUACCGAACGUGGAUUCCGGAUGUGUGGAGAGAAUCAACGAAGAAGUCUCGAUCAGUCGUCCCGACGCCGACUUUGACGCUUCUGACGCCGAAGCCGAGGAAUACGAAAUUUCAACAGAUUUCAAAAUGAAUGCGGACGAUCCACAGAAUCUGAAGAUGUUUACACCGAGAAAUGAAGUCAUUGAAUCCUACGCUGACCUGGGAUGGGAGAAUGCGGGAGAAAUCUGUGGAAACGGGUACCUGUCCAUUAUUUCAGAACCAAAAACCGGGGUUAAGAUCAACAUGGAGAAUCUAAAUCACGAUUUGUUGAAGGUGUUAGAGACUCCAGAAAGCAAAGAAGAGACUGAGAAGGACGAUAAGAACAAGGUAAGGUUAACUUGAAUGGAACCAUUAAGGUUUUGGAAAGUUUUUAAAAAGCUAAUGAUAACGUACAAAUUAUUUCUGAAACAUACCAAUAUAAAUAUUAUAGUUAUAACAAAAAGUACAGAAAGAGCCAGAUUUUUGCGAUAUCUAUGAGUUUUAACAUACAAGUUUUAUUUCAGACCCCAAAUGACAAAACAAAGGUAGCCCAGUCGAACUCAACAGAAUCCAUCCUGAAAGAAGACGAUGCCUUAUCUCCAGACAUGUUCGACGGAUUGAAACCGGUGGAAGUUACCCUACGUGAACAUAUCAUCAAAGCCAAUCAACCUCGCAAGCUUGACAUUGAUGACGCUUCGUUGGAUCAAUAUAUCAAUGGAAAUGUGGGUUUCUUUGAUUAUUUUGACUUAAAUUUUAAAAAUGUAUUGAAUGACAUCUAGUAUCAACAUACUACCAAAUAAUAACUUAAUUUUUAUAUUAUAGUGGACAUGUCACGCUCCCAAAGUCUCCAAAAAUUUCGAAUUUGAACGAAACGAGCUUGACUCAAAACCUGAAGGUGUACCACCAGCACUAAUGCUCCAAGCCGUCACAACAGGCAGCGCUUCGGAUGGAAUCAACCUAGAACGACUCGAAACUAUCGGAGAUUCGUUUCUGAAAAUGGCGGUAACAAUAUUCUUGUUCAAUACCUACCCGAAGCAUCACGAAGGUCGACUCAGUUUCUCGAGGUCAAAGGAAGUCUCGAAUGCCAACUUGUACUUGAAAGGAAUUGCCAAAGGUAUACCAUCGGUUAUGGAAACUGCCAAAUUCGAUCCGAACGUGAGCUGGUUACCUCCAUGUUACAGGUGUGAAGGCGGGUUUCAAACAAAUGGAUGGGUGAAGAAUGAUGGGAGUGUAAGUUUGUUUAAUGUUUGUGGGAGUAAGAAAGUUGUUUUAUUGUCUUGCUGUGGUAUUAAGUAUAGUUUGUUAUAUAAUUUUGUCAAGAAAAGCGUCAAUUACAUGGAUAUUGAUGCUGUUUUUAGCAGCAAAAAGGCCAGUUUUGAAGGAAAAACAAUAUUGAUAAACUUGGGGGUAUUCUUUGAUUGUUAAUAUUAUAACUUAUUUUGAUUUCAGAAUGACGAUGGUGUUGCUUGGGAGGUCGAAAACGACCAGACCAUCAAAGAAGUCGAUGGAGUUCAAACCAUUGAUUUGAAAAAGGUAAACGAAUUAAUAAAAAGCCAUUUUAAAGUUAUAUCAAAGUAUAUUUUAACAUCUUUAUAUUGAUUACCAUCUGUUUCUACUCCGAUAUUGAUAAAAUCUUGUGAAACGUUACAACUAAGCACAAUCAAAUGGAAAUUACUUAAAGGACUAGUUCGCCCAUUCAAAUAUCAUUGGCAUUCUGUCGCAAAAAUUCGACGUUCAUUUUUUUCGCAACAAACCUGAGCAGGUCGGUCCCAAAUUGGAAAAUUCAUUUCGACACCGACCCACUCACGUUUUUUGAGAAAAAUGAUUUUGAUUGAAAUUGCCUGAUUUUCGACGCUUUUUGCGACAGAAUGCCAAUGAUAUUUGAAUGGGCGAACUGGUCCUUUAAUUUUGAAUUAAAACAUGAUAUUGUUAUAGAUGAGACCAGCCACGGAAGAUGCCAUACCCUACAACCCGAUGACGCAACAAUGUAUUAAUGACAAAAGUAUCGCAGAUGCAGUGGAAGCGCUAAUUGGAGCACAUUUGAUCUCUUUGGGACCAAAAGCUGCCCUAUUAUUCAUGGAAUGGCUCGGUUUGAAAGUCUUGGUGUCUCCACCAACACCAGAAUCUCCAUUGCUGAGAUACUGUGAUUCGGAAGAUGAUGUAAGGUUUGGGAAUGCGUUUGGGGGUUCUUAGUUUCAGUAAGAGUACGUAAAAUAGCCAAAAAGUUGAUUCUAAGGAGACGUAUAGCUAUUUGUAGCCUCUUCUAUUCUGAACCAAGGAUUCCACAUUUUAUUUGAUUAACUUUGAAUUUCAGCCCAACUUUUCGAAACGCCAAGUAGUUGAACUCUACAAGAAUAACCAAUUUGAGAAGAUCGAGAAGACCAUCAACUACACUUUUGCCAACAAAGCUUUCCUGAUUCAAGCCUUCACCCAUGCUUCCUACUUCAAAGGGCGAGCUACCGGCUGUUAUCAACGACUCGAAUUCCUGGGUGACGCUGUCUUGGACUACAUGAUUACUCGAUAUCUUUUCGAACAUCCUGAUAAAUUUGCACCGGGCGUGUUGACUGAUUUGAGAUCAGCUCUGGUCAACAAUACCAUCUUCGCGUCAUUGGCUGUUAAAUACGAGUUUCAUAAGGUAGGUUUUGGUAGCUUCAGUGUAUCAGUGUUGCCGAUUUCUCAAAAAAUAUUGAACAUGAUCUCCUGUAGAUUUAUGAAUAACUUUUAUUUUUAUAAUAUUUUUAUUUUAAAAUUCUAAAAUAAACAUUUUAGCUCUUCUUGAACUACUCGUCGUCCCUCGCCCGAAAGAUUGAGUCAUUUGUCAAGAGUUGUGGCACAAGUUCAAUCUUUAACUGUCCUAAUUUCAACGACGAGGUAAGAAUUUGAAAUAUUCACUCAUUAUGCUAACUAUACUUUUAAACGCUCUUUAUCACUUGAUGAUUCUUUUAAAAACCGUAAUUAUUAAAGGAAAAAUGGCAAUGAUAGUUAAAAUUUACUUUAGUUAUUCAAAGUUACCGAGGACGAAAUUGAAGACGGUCAAGAGGAAGAAGUGGAAGUGCCAAAAGCCCUCGGCGAUAUAUUCGAAUCACUGGCUGGAGCUGUUUAUUUGGUAAGGGAAAUGCGAAUGUCGUAGAUCUAUGAGUAAAGACAAUAUGAAAGUAGAUAAAAGCACUUCUGGUAGUUAAAGCUUUCGAGGUUUCUUGGGUAAAAAAUUUAAAUUUUAUUGUUUCAGGAUUGCAACCGGAAUUUGGAUACAGUCUGGAAUGUUUACUACAACUUGAUGAAAGACCUAAUUGAUCAAUGUUGCCGAGAUCCACCACAAUCACCGAUCAGAGAGCUAUUGGAAAUGAAGGAUAUUCACGCCAGGUUCUCGUAAGUGCAAUAAAGACUUCCCUGGUCAAAAAGUAAUUAGAAGAAGAGAUAAGAAGCUUGAGUUUUAUGAAACAAAUAGUUUUCAAAAUUUUAAAUACGAAGUGAUAUCAAUUACCUUAAAAAAAGAAAGUGAUAUCAAUCACCUUGUGACACAUACAAAAACCUUAAUAAAAAUUCAAAUUUCAGCAAAUUGGAGCGAAUAAUGGAGACCAACAAAGUCAGAUGCACAGUAGAAGUUGGGGACAAACUAGUAUUCCAUGGAAUGGGCCGCGGCUACAAGAUUGCCAAAGCGACAGCGGCCAAGAAGGCGUUGUUGUACCUGAAGAAGAUGAAGGCCCAGAAGGAGGAGAGGAAAUGA